UGACCCGUCCCACCACACACUCUCUCUGUCCUUGUCACACUCCCUGGCAUUCGUCCCCGGCUGAUCCUCUCACAGAGCUGCCAUGGGACAGAGCGGACCGCGCCGAAUGGACCUGGAUUAGAGUCUGCUGAAAACUGAUCCUGCUAACGAUUGCACAGGGGGGAAAAAAAAAAGUCAAUUUUUUUGAACAGUGGGUUUUUCUUGACCAUGACGGAUACUGUAACCGAGGAGGAGAAGGACCCUGAUAUUGAAUUAUUUGUUAAGGCUGGGAGUGAUGGUGAGAGCAUCGGAAACUGUCCUUUCUCCCAACGUCUCUUCAUGAUCCUUUGGCUGAAGGGAGUAGUCUUUAACGUCACUACCGUCGAUUUAAAAAGGAAACCAGCUGAUCUUCACAACCUCGCCCCAGGAACACAUCCACCAUUCCUUACCUUCGAGGGGAACGUUCUUACAGAUGUCAACAAGAUAGAAGAGUACCUGGAGGAGAUGCUGGGUCCACCCAAGUAUCCCAGGCUUGCAACAAAGAACCGUGAAUCCAAUGUUGCAGGAAACGACAUCUUUGCCAGGUUCUCAGCUUACGUCAAGAACACAAGACCGGAGAAAAAUCGCUCUUUGGAGAAGAGUCUGAACAAAGCCCUGGCGAAACUGGACGAGUAUUUAAUGCGGCCGAUUCCUGAUGAGGUUCAAUCUGGACGGCACAGCGGCGAAGGCCCGUCCACCCGCAAAUAUCUGGACGGCGACGAACUGACGCUUGCUGACUGCAACCUUCUACCCAAGCUCCAUGUUGUUAAGGUGGUUGCAAAGAAAUACAGGAAAUAUGACAUCCCUUCUGAAUUCAAGGGGGUGUGGCGUUACCUUGACAACGCCUACAAGCGAGACGAGUUCACCAACACAUGUGCAGCAGAUGUGGAGAUCGAGCUAGCCUACCAGGCUGUGGCCAAGAGGCUGGAAAAAUGAAGCAACAGCUAAUAACUUCCAGUUAUAAAGAACAUUACAUCUGCUCCUUACUUGUGAUUUAACAUUUUCAUGACUUAUUUGUAAAUAUAUCUCAAUCUAGUAGUUCCUCUGAGUCGAAAUGUGUAUUAAAACAAGAACAAAAGAACUUAGCAUAUUCACAACAGAUGAAGCCAAUGAUACUAGCAUCUUGGUUCCAUCUAAAUGCUAAUGAAAAAGAUAACAUAGCAUUGGAAGCUAAUUAAUAUUUAUUAACAAUACAUGGAUUUGUUGUGAUUUUUCUUCAAAAAUAAAGAAUAUAUGAAUAGUUAUUUUCAAACAGCAUACAGAACACAAGUUAACAUAAUUAGCUAUCUUGCUAAAGCUAACAUGACAUUAGCAUUUAAGCUGAGUGGAUUGACAAGAUUAAAUAUUAUUUUUAAGCAAUUUUCAGAAAUCCCCCAGAUAUUUUAUUGCAUUAACUUAUCAUUAUUUCAUUUACCUUUGGGAUCAAAAAGGUAUUUUUGAAAUUGAAAUUGAAAUAUUUGCUAAAUGCCAGAAUAAUAUUAUUUUUUAUUUUUUCAAACGUUCACAAACACUUGACUAGUGACUAGUGAGGGCCUGGUGCGGCUCACAAGAUACAUGCUAUCAUAAGAAAAGAACAUUAUGUGGAUUAUUUUCAGCAGAAAUAUGAGUGGACUGUUCACUUUUGUGGCGAUACAAAACAACGGUAAAGGUGACAAAGUGCUAAAUAUUUCAGAAAUCUUCUAUCAAAAUUAAAAUGAGCGUAAGCUUUUUUUCCCCAAAAACAUUUGAUCAGAAGUUUAGUUGUCACUUUAGGAAACAAGAUCAGUGAAAACGACAUUAUCUCUUUGCAGAACCUGACAGCUUUCAGUAACUUAUUAGCAGUGACAAUGCAGAAAAAGAAAGAAAUUUAAAUAUGUGUUUAAGCCAAAGUAGUGGAAGCUAUGGUAGCUUUGCUAUCCUAUUGCAUGUCCUUUACCCCAUUUUCCAUUUAGUUAGAACCACUCAGUUACAGCUCUCGCUGAUACCCUUAUCUCAAAAUGUCAGAUGGACUUUCCAUCAUUACGUAUCACCAUUUUGAAGCAACAACCACACUGUUAAUGUAUUACGAAGAAGAAUGGGAUUAUUAAGUGAAUGAAGCUUUUGAAUAUACUCUGUCUUGUCAUUUAAAUAGAUUUAGGAUUUAGAGCGCAGUGUUGGUAGCGAUGUAUUCUGAUCUCAAGUGCCUUAGUGGGAAACAAGCUCACCUCUACUGUACCUUCAGCUUUUUAUAUCUGUACAGUACAUUUUGUGUGUUUUUAAUUUAUUCAGAAUGAUUUUCCACAUUGGAUUUAUCAUAAUAUAUAGAGCUGUGUGAUGACUAAACAUACUAUAAGGUAUAGCUUAAGAUUUUGAAAUAGAAAUGAUAUAUAUACAUCAUGAGCUUCUUCUGUAUUCAUGUUCUUUCUAAUGAUUAGAAUUGUGAACCUGCUGUGUUUACCGUUCUCCUUAUUUGGAUAAUAAAACUAUUUUCACAGACUGAG